GCUGGGCUGGACCGCCUGAGGGGCUGCGAGCCGAGGCCAGUGGGACUGUCUGGAGCACCCCGCAGCUGAGACAGCGGGAGACCCUAGACCCCUCCCUACGCCAAGGACCAACCACUCCGUGGUCCUGCCGCUUCCUCAGACCCCUUGGAACUGAGGAGAGGAAGUAAAUCACCAGGGGCCUUCAACCCUCUGCUACACCCCCAACCCAGAAUCGUGCAGACCCAGGUUUACCCUGGGCCUGAAACCAGAAAGUACUGCGCCCAGGGAGCUGAGGCGCCUGACUGUUCCUCCAGUUGAACAAGAGAGAACUCUGGAGGAAGCCAACCAAGCAGCUCCCCAGGACCCUAUAGAAGGGACUCAAAGCAACUGGCUCACUGCCCAUUCCCAGGAACGAGUUAGGAGCAAGCAAAGCUCCCCCCACCAAGAAAUGACACUAAACACCCAGCAGGAAGCAAAGACCACUCUGCACCGGCGAGCCAGCACCCCACUGCCUCUGUCUGGCCGGAACCGCCUACCUGUACCGCACAGCACCCUGUGCACAGCACCCUCCACUCAAACCCAGCAUCCCCGGCUGGGCCAGUCGGCCUCCCUCAACCCUCCCACCCAGAGACCUUCUCCUGCCCCUGAAAGUUGGUCCUCUGAAUCCAGCGACUCUGAAAGCUCCUGGGAGACUCUCUACCGUGUGGUGCUGCUUGGAGAUCCCGGCGUCGGAAAGACCAGCCUGGCCAGCCUGUUUGCUGGGAAGCAAGAGCGGGACCUCCAUGAGCAGCUGGGAGGAGAUGUAUAUGAGAGGACCCUCACCGUGGAUGGAGAGGACACCACACUGGUGGUCGUGGACACCUGGGAGGCCGAGAAACUGGACGAGAGCUGGACCCAAGAGUCGUGGCUGCAGGUGGGCAGCGCCUACGUCAUCGUGUACUCCAUCGCAGACCGGGGCAGCUUUGAGAGUGCCUCUGAGCUCCGCAUCCAGCUGCGACGCACACACCAGGCAGACCACGUGCCCAUCAUCCUCGUGGGCAACAAGGCAGACUUGGCCCGCUGCCGGGAAGUGUCUGUGGAAGAGGGCCGCGCCUGCGCAGUGGUGUUCGACUGCAAGUUCAUCGAGACUUCAGCUACUCUGCAGCACAACGUGGCCGAGCUCUUCGAGGGCGUAGUGCGCCAACUGCGCUUGCGCCGCCGGGACUGCGCGGCCCAGGAGCCACCUGCACCUAGGAGGCGGGCCAGCCUUGGCCAGCGCGCGCGUCGCUUCCUGGCGCGUCUGACGGCCCGUAGCGCCCGCCGCCGGGCACUCAAAGCUCGUUCCAAGUCCUGCCACAACCUGGCCGUUCUCUGAGGCCUCCAGCCCUCUUGGGGGUGGAGAAACACUAGGAUGCAUUCUGGGCUCUUCCAAUGCCAACAAGAGGCAUAGGCAGCAUUGCCUGGAGACAGCAUCGUGGGUCUUGCUUGCCUCCUGCCUUAGUGGCUGGAGCAUUGCCCAGAGCCAGAACCUCGGGGACCCCUCCACCCUGGAGAAGUGAUGGACAGACUGUGGGGCAGAAGCCUCAAACUGGGCACAAACUAGGAUUUUUUUU